AGUGUGUUCGCGGAUCGUGCGUGCAGAAGCGCUUAAAUAUUAAUCACGUUACGGAUGUUUUUGCCGGAGUGACGCGCGGUUAAUAGUCGGUACCGAUUAUCGAGAUGCCACGGAUGUAUGAGCGGGUCGAGAAUGGAAGUCCGUGCUAAAUACGGACCGCGCGACUUGCAAAUAAGCAGCACCGAUGGACGCGGCCAUGUUUUCUGGUAGCAGAAAUCUUACCCAUUAAUAAUUCGUUAAUCGUCGACCACGAAGUGGAGCGUGCAGAAUGCCGAAAUGCGACGUGAAGGCGAGAUAUCUACCAGCCACAUUCGCGUGGACAGUACUCCUAAGCACCACGACACUGUUCUUCUGUUUCCCAUGCCAGUAUUAUGUGUUCCGAUGGGGAACGUGGGUACCUGCGCUACAAGGAGUCAUCACCUUCUUCGUAUUGGCAAACUUUACGCUAGCAACGUUCAUGGAUCCGGGUGUUAUACCAAAAGCACCAUCCGACGAAGAUCGAGACGACGAUUUUCAUGCACCUCUAUAUAAAAGUGUAGAAAUCAAUGGCAUUACGGUGCGCAUGAAAUGGUGUGUCACGUGCAAGUUCUACAGACCUCCGCGUUGUUCGCAUUGCAGCGUUUGCAACCAGUGCAUCGAGACAUUCGAUCAUCACUGCCCUUGGGUGAACAACUGUAUCGGUAGGAGGAACUACAGAUUCUUCUUUUUCUUUCUGUUGUCGCUCAGUUUUCACAUGAUCAGUAUAUUUGGACUUUGCCUGUAUUUUGUAUUGGAGCGCAAGCAACAGCUGGGCGAAGUGGACACGAUUAUCGCACUCGUGCUCAUGGGAGUGGUUAUACUUCUGUUCAUUCCAAUAUUUGGACUGACCGGCUUUCACGUAAUACUUGUUUCCAGAGGACGUACGACAAACGAACAGGUAACGGGUAAAUUUAACGGAGGCUACAAUCCUUUUUCCCGUGGUUGCUUGCACAAUUGCUGUUACACGCAAUUUGGACCACAGUACCCCAGUUUAAUUAAGCCUGAAAAGUAUUCAGGGAAACGUCGCGGAGCUUGUACAUCUGAGAUAUCGACUAUAGGCAGUGAGAACCAGGUAAAAACCUACAUGGAUAGCAGCAAUGGUGUUAGAAAUGCCAGUUCAAAUGCUUACAAUAAGUUGUCCCCUGGACGAGAUGGUUCGGACACGGACAUGGAGCCCACCGCAUCCCAGUCCGCUGAUUGCGAGCCGACGCCUCCGUUGCAAAGACACGGCUCCAAAAGCAAUUUCUUCCUGCCACCUGUGGAGAACAACGAGUCUCCCAGGCAUCCACCGCCGUCGCAGCACCGCCAUCCAAUGCAGUACACCAGAGGCAGUCCUCAUCCAAGGCCAAGGUACGUUGUCACUACCUAUAGGGGAAUGAACGGCUCCCGAAGCCACACGCCCGACCCAUUGUCGCCGGAAGUGAGCGGAUCGCCCGCCACAGCUUCCCAAAGAGGUCAGAGCCAAGGGGGCGCUAGUCCAACGACACAACGGAUCAAAGCUAUUGGAGUACCGACUCCGCUUGCCAUUCCCAGUCCUAUGCGCAGAUCGAACCCAGGUACGCCGACGCAGGUACGUCGGCCGGAUUUUAUAGGAGUGAACGACGCGCCGACAUAUUACGAUGUACAGCAGGGUAACAAUGCCGGUGCCGGCGCUGCUAGCGGCGCCGUCGUCGCCGGUUACAGCCCCCAGCGGCGUUUCCUCUCGGAGAGCGAGCUGGUCCGUCAGGGCGUCGACCACUCGUACUCGAGGACCAACAACACCGUCGACAACAUACGCGAGCUGGCUGGCUCGCCGCAGCGAGGUGUCUACAUGUGGAAGGACAACUCGCCGGGCAGCUACCCGAUACCGCCGGGUCAAACGAACACGGUCGCGACCCACCAGUCGCCCUCCCAGAGACCACCGCCGCCGUACGACUAUUAUCGUUCCAAUCCCACCAGCCCCACGCAACAGCUGUACGCGAACGCGCCCAGGUCAGCGUACCAUCCCGCGAUGAGAGGCGGCGUACCGGUCUUCCCGCCGCACCAGUCGCCUCAGGUGAAGCGAAAAGCGGCGAUGGUUACGCCCACCACGCCCACGUCGGGCGACACGCGGCGCAGACCCAUGUCUUUCGUCAGAGCGCUGGAGAUGACGGACUCCAUGGAGAUGGUGUCGGCGCCGAACGACAACAGAUCCCAGCGACCCACCACGCCCACCCCGGACCGGGCGAGUGUCUACGACAUGAACUAUGAGAUAUCCGUAUAGCCCAGCUUUACGGUCUCCGCGCCAUCCUGCGGCUGGACGGAGAUUGUACAAGAAUUGCCGACACUGCGCGUGUCCCGUUCCAAAGAGGACAGAACAGCGUACGCCGCUUACGAGAUAUCCGUCUGAAUUCAUGCGACGACGCCCACGCAACUCGAGCGUCCACGAUGCAGCUAGAUGUUCCCAUGUCGAAGCGAUAUUAACACGACCGUGGUAUCGUCAAGUUCUUCCGGUCCAAAUGCUGAUCCACGGUACACGUGCACAUGUUGGGCUUGCCUGGAACCGAUGGUCCAAACUUUGAGUUGGAACGAGAAAUCUUAUUACACGACAACGUUGACCCCACGUGAUCUCUCGUAACGCCGGAUACCAUUGAAUUUUGUUCACUUUGAUUAGUAUUACGCGGAUUCUCGAUCGAACCUCAACGAAAUAGGCAGAGGACACUUAGAACGUCUACUGGGAUGAGAUACAAAUUAGUCCUGUAACUCUGAAACUAUCGAUUUCUAGAUCCAUGUUUAUUCACCCCUUUUUUACUUAUGUAUUUUAUGAGCACUGUACGUGCUCAAAGUUUGGAUCAUUAGUUUUGGUACAUCCUGUAUAUACUCUGUCGAGAUUACGCGGAACGAUGCCGAUCGUUUCCCCGAAGGGACAAGGGGGACACCGACGCGUAAAAGAGUUUGUCCUCGUUAUAGACAAUGAUAUGUUCGAAUGUAUUCAAUGUGGAAUUGUAAACGAUAGGCGAUUUGUUCGCGUGAAACUGAGAUUUCGGUGUCCAGUUAUUUUCCAUUACGAGUCGUCUGACACGAGGAGUGGUGUUUAAGGCUCGAUUCGCGUUGAAUGCGUGGAAACAGGAACGUGCAGAUUCGGUUCAGCGCCGGAGUCUGUUGUCAGAGCAAGACUGUCAUGUCACGUUAUUAGGAAUAUUUUUUUCGUUUAGUCGUUGUUCGAAAAGAGAAACGUUUUAGAUUCGAUGUACACUCGGGAACAAAAAGACUUGUCGUGACGUCGCGGACGCACUGGCGCCCCCUAUCGAGAAGCGAUCCUCGUUCGAACGUCGCGUGUGCGCAAGGUAGCUGCGCGAGAGACAGUUCGUCGUCGACCGUUGCACGGGAUUGAACAAAAUGUAUUUUAGAAAGUAUUCGAACGACGAUUAUCUUACUAAUUUGUAUUCUGUUUCCACUCGGAUGAAAGUAUUUGCAUACUAUAUUCUGUGGCUGUACAACCACAGAAUAUUUUUAUUCGACUCCAUCGUCGAACACAAACUACACAGAUAUCUCGUAAUUGUCCGAUCGGUGGCUGUCAAAUAUAUCAGUCUUUCAUACUCAGCUGUUGACUAAACGCAGAAUACUUUAUUCAGUUUCAGUAUUAAGUGAAUUUUAAUUUAAGUAACAAAUAAUGCAUACGCAGUCUAUAGUUGUGUAUAUGAUAUUGAUGCGAUGUUUGUCUUUUUAAAUUUUAUAGAAACAAAUUACUUUAUU